CGCGCAAGCACCUGUUGUCAUAAACUUCCGGUUUACGAAAAGAUAAACUGAGAGAUCAAACAUUUAUUUAUAAAGUCUUUUCAGUCUAAUGUAUCCCGAAAAUAUAAUGUGACCUCCAACGAAAGAGUUGCCUGUAAAGUUUUCUGCGGUUGAUAACAGAUUUUAAAAUGCCAUACCAUUGGCAGAGUCACAAUGUCAAGACCAGUGGUGUUGAUGACAUGGUUUUGCUGCAGAAGAUAUCAGAACCAGCCAUUGUGGAAAAUCUCAAAAAGAGGUUUAUGGAAGAUGUCAUUUAUACAUAUAUAGGACCAGUGUUAGUCUCGAUCAAUCCAUUCAAAAAUAUCAACAUAUUUACAGAUAGAGAGGUUGAGCUUUACCAAGGAGCAGCUCAAUAUGAAAACCCACCACAUGUGUAUGCCUUGGCAGAUAACAUGUACAGAAACAUGCUUAUUGACAUGGAAAACCAGUGUGUUAUCAUCAGUGGAGAAAGUGGUGCAGGAAAGACAGUGGCUGCCAAGUUUAUUAUGGGCUUUAUUACAAAAGUCUCAGGUGGAGGAACUAAAGUACAGAAAAUAAAAGAUGUAAUUUUAGAAUCAAAUCCACUUCUAGAAGCCUUUGGAAAUGCCAAAACUGUUAGAAACAAUAAUUCUAGUCGAUUUGGUAAAUAUGUAGAAAUGCAGUUCAGUAGAGGUGGUGAGCCUGAUGGUGGUAAAAUCUCAAACUUUCUUUUAGAAAAGUCCAGAGUGGUCAGUCAGAAUUCAAAUGAAAGAAACUUCCAUAUAUUUUAUCAAUUGUUAUUUGGAGCAGACGACAAAACAAAACAGAAUCUUGGUUUAACAACCCCAGACUAUUACAACUAUUUAAAUCAGACUGGUACCUAUAAGGUGGAUGGCACAGACGAUGUCCAAGAGUUCAAAGACACUAUGAAUGCCAUGAAAGUUGUUGGCAUACCACAUGAAACCCAUGACGAAAUCCAGUCUUUGAUAGCAGCUGUUCUCCACAUAGGAAACCUACAAUUUGCUGAGGAUGGAAAUUACGCAAAAGUUCAUAAUAUUGAGUUUUUAGAAUAUCCAGCAUAUCUAUUAGGAAUUGAUCAAGAAUUUCUAAAUAAGAAAAUCACUAGUCGAACAAUGGACAGUAAAUGGGGAGGAAAGUCUGAAAAGACGGAGGUUACUUUUAAUGUGGAACAAGCAGAAUUUGCUCGGGAUGCUCUGUCAAAAGCUUUAUAUUCCAGAUUAUUUGACUAUUUAGUGGAUUCUGUGAAUCGUGCUAUGGUCAAAGACCAUGAUGAAAUAAAUAUAGGAAUCUUAGACAUUUAUGGUUUUGAAAUAUUUCAAAAUAAUGGAUUUGAACAGUUUUGUAUCAACUAUGUGAAUGAAAAACUACAGCAGAUAUUUAUAGAGUUGACUCUGAAGGCAGAGCAGGAAGAAUAUGUGCAGGAAGGUAUAAAAUGGACACCUAUAGAUUACUUUAAUAAUAAAAUUGUCUGUGAUCUCAUUGAAUCAAAGAAAAAUCCUACGGGUAUCAUGUGCAUAUUGGACGAUGUGUGUGCAACCAUGCAUGCAGUGUCUACUGGUGCUGAUCAAACGUUACUGCAGAAAUUGAGUGCAGGAAUAGGAGUCCAUGACCACUAUCAAGGAAUUAGUGUUGGUUUUGUUAUUCAUCAUUAUGCUGGCAAGGUAACAUAUGAGGCUGAUGGUUUUUGUGAGAGAAACAGAGAUGUGUUAUUCAAUGAUAUAAUACAGUUAAUGCAAUCCAGCCAGUCAGACUUUUUAAGAUCCUUAUUCCCUGAAGAUGUAUCAGGACAGACCAAAGGGAGACCAUCCACAGCAUCAGUCAAAAUUAAAACUCAGGCAAAUAGACUUGUGGACACACUUAUGAAGAGUACACCACAUUACAUUCGAUGUAUUAAACCCAAUGAGACAAAGAAGGCCCAUGAUUUUGAAGAAAGCCGAGUGAAGCAUCAAGUGGAGUACUUAGGUUUAAAAGAGAACAUUAGAGUCAGAAGAGCUGGAUAUGCAUUUAGAAGAGAGUUUGAAAAGUUCAUUAGAAGAUAUGCAAUUUUAACCCCUGAAACGUGGCCUAAUUGGAGAGGUGAUCCUAAACAAGGAAUUAAACAUUUAAUGAAUACUGUCAAUAUGGAGAAUGACCAGUGGCAGCUAGGAAAAACCAAAGUCUUUGUUAAAAACCCAGAAUCUCUUUUCUUGUUGGAAGAAAUGAGAGAAAGGAAGUUUGAUAGCCAUGCCAGAGUUAUUCAAAAAUUCUGGAGAAAAUACUUUGCCAGGAAACAGUAUUUCAAGCAAAGAGAAGAAGCAUCAGACAUUCUUCUCAAUAGAAAAGAGAGGAGGAGGUUCAGUUUAAACAGGAACUUUGUAGGGGACUACAUUGGAUUGGAUGAUCAUCCAGCAUUACGAGCUCUAGUGGGCAAACGAGAAAGGAUAGAUUUUGCUGAAACAGUAUUGAAAUAUGAUAGAAGAUUUAAGGUUGCCAAGAGGGAUUUGUUGUUGACACCCAAGUACAUGUAUUUGAUAGGCAGGGAAGUGAUAAAAAAGGGACCAGAUAAAGGAAGGAUGAUUGAAGUGGUUAAAAGAAAGAUUGCAAUCGGUGAUAUCAAACAGGUUUGCUUAAGUCCGCUCCAAGAUGAUAUGAUGGUCUUACAUAUAAACAAUGAUUACAGUAGCAUGUUAGAAUCCAUGUUCAAAACAGAGUUCUUAGCAACAUUAAAGAAACGGUUGAAAGAACUUGAGAACCGAGAAAUCAGCAUUAUGUUUAAUGAUGCAAUAGAGUUUCCUGUGAAGAAGGAAGGAUGGGGAGGAGGUGGCAAUAGAGUUUUAAAGUUUGUUAAACUUAACAACGUCCAGGACGUGGCUACACUCAAACCUUCAGGGAAAACGUUGACAGUCAGCAUUGGUCCUGGAUUACCUAAAGAUUCAAGACCAGGCAUGAAGAAAAUGAAUAUGUCGAAUGGCUCAUCAAUGAAUCGUAGAAACCGUAUGUCACAGAGAGGACCUCCGUCACGUCCAGCUCCAACUGGUCCUCCUCCUUCACAAGGUGCACCACCCAUACCUACAUCAAGCAGACCAACAGGACGAGGUGGACAAAGAAAAUCAAGAAGACUAAGUGAAAAUGCCCCGUCACAUCCAAUACCAAAGUUAGGCAAUGUUGGUCGUAAGAAUAGCAAGACUGCUUUGAACUCAGACUUCCUCAAAACACCAGAAUCAGGCAUGGCUGGGCUGCGACGUGUUGACGAGGAGCGUAUGAAUGAUGUACAAAGAAAUUCCAGAAAGCCACCCCCAGGAGCAGGAAGACCUAAGCCCCCACCAGCACCUAAACCUAAAGCAUUUCCUCAAUGUCGCUGUCUCUAUGCUUAUGAUGCUCAGGACACUGAUGAGCUUAGUUUUAAUGAAGGAGAUGUCAUUGAGAUUGUCAAGGAAGAUCCAGCUGGCUGGUGGACAGGGAAAAGACAUGGAAAACAAGGACUAUUUCCUGCUAACUAUGUAGAGAAGCUUUGAGAGUAACUUUAGAGCGUACAUUCUAUCCAAAAUCUUUAUUGACUGGGUUAAACUAUCUAAACCAUAGUCUUUCCUUGUUAAAACAUAUAUAUUUUAUCACCUGUUACCAUGGUUACCAUUUUGACUUACAAAUUGUAAAGUGCUGAUAUGAUAUCUGAGAUACAUUUUUUGAAUUAUUUAUUUUUUGAAAAUUUUAGUUGAGGAGAAGAAUAACUUGUAGAUUAGUCCCCUCAGAGUUUUUGAAGGAUCUAGUCUAGAGGUUAAAGUCUAUACUUCCCAAUUUUCUGCAUUGCAAUACCAGUAACUUACAUAGUAAACAUUUUACAAUAAUACUAUUUACACUUUAAAGUAGUCUUUGGGAAUGUUCUAUCUCUAUUGAUAACAUAACCCAGGUAUCUGUUAUUGGUGCAGUAAGUUUGUUGCUGAUUACGAACAAAUCUCCACAUCUGUAUAACAUGUCUUUGAUCUAUGCAAAAUUUACAAGUUUGUGUCUGAUUAAGUAUAAAUCUCUGAUUCUGUAUAAAAUAUCACCCACUUUGCUACAUAGAUAUGAUCUGAUGAUAAUCUGGCUGCUUGUUUUCAUAUUUUGGUUGUUAAAUCAUGCUUAUAGAAUCUGUUUUCUUGAACAUUUUUACUAUUGGCAGAGGCGGAUAUAGAGGGUGAGGUCCUUUUCAGGGAAAAAUUAAGAUGAUUAUAUAAGGAAUCCUUGAAGCAUGACUUUUAGGCAGUCAGUGGGCCCCACUUAUGAAAAUUUCUGUAUCCCCCACUGCUUGGUAUAGUUAUUUAAAGGGUAAGGAGUAUGAAAGUCUUACAGGCAUGCAGAUUGACUGUUCCAUGACACCAAGUUCUUUUAUAGACACAGUUGAAAAUGUAAGAAAAAAUAGUUUAUCCAGGUUUUUUUAAAUUCAUGCAAGAUUAAGUUAUUUUUUUCAUAAAAAAAAACUGCUGUGUUAAUUUAGAGUAACUGCCCCUUGUUUUAUUUCAUAAGUCAUUUGGUUAUGGUUCCUUUUUGCGUAAACAAUUCUAGUCUUAUCAGGAAGGAAUUGUAAUAGGUACAUUCCAGUAUACUUUAGUUAUUUAUUAGUUAUAUCUUGUAAUACUAGUUUUAAUUAUAUUGUAUAUUUAUUUUUAAUUUAUUCAUUAAAUAGAUAUCAAUCUUGCUUUUUUUGUUUACCAAAAGUUUCAUAGAAAAUUUGUUUAUUCUGCCAUGCAAGGUAGGAGAAUACAAAAAAGUGGAAUUUAAUUAACUGUAAAGUCAUGUGUUCUCUGGUCCUUUCUAAUAUUUUUGGGUAAGUGCAGACCAUAACUCUGUAGUCAUCAGCACACAUCAGAAAUCAUUUAGGAUUUAAUAUAAGAAUUUCAAUUGUUAUCAAUUCAUUGUAAGUUUUGUAAUCGAAUUAAAUAUAAUCAAUGUGGGCUGACAAAUCAGUAUUGAUUUUGAAGAGUUAGUAAUCAGAAAAUCAGUUUUAUGAAUAUUUAUGUAAAAUGUAUAUUGUUUAAGAGAACAGCUUUAGAGAUCUGAAAGUUCUGAUAUUUAUAGACUUUGAAUUUUUGUGAACUUUUUAGAAAUAUUUAAUAGAUCUUUUAACUUUUUGACAUAAAGAUGUAAUGUUAGAUCUAUAAAUAGAUGCUAAUUAAAGAGUAAAUUAAAUUAUUUACUCUCAAAUUAAGCAAUAGGUUUCUAAAAAAAAAAAGAUUUAUUUUGACGAAAAAUUUCUGUAUUUGGUGCAUUAAUGAAUGAGUAAACAAAUCUAAGAAAAGUCAAAGUGAGUGUAAUUGUGUAGAACUAUGAAAUUAUUAAACAGAAAAAUCUUUUUAAAGUUCAAAUUCAAAUGCCCUUGUGUUUCUUGACCAAAUAUUGCAUUAUUUCUUCAAUUUUGAAGUCAUUAAAAUAUUUUUAAAGGAUUUAUUAAAGUUGAAAACAUAAACAUUUCAUAGCUGUAUUGUGAAAUAAUAAUCUUAAUGUAUUUUCUGCAUGAGAACAAUCAUUUCUUUGUGGGAUUUAUUCAUUGCUUUGAUAUCAUUAAUUGUAAACACGCCAUGUAUCAUUGAAAUCAUAGAAUUCAUUCAUCAGAUUUAUACAUAGCCAUUAAAAAACAUAUUAAAAAAAUGAAAAUCCACUAAUAACAAAUUAGGGCUAGACAUACUGAUAUUUUAAUCAAAUAAAAAUAUUUAAGUUUAUUUAUUCAUUAUUCUUUUUUAGAUUAAUGAUUCUUCAUAUAUGACCUUAUUGUUUAUUUCAUGGACUGAGGGAGUUAUUCAGGAGUGAUUUUAAAACAAAAAAAGUUUUCAACUUGAUUUUAAGUUGGAUUUAUGUUUGCAAAACAGAGAUUACUUCCCCUUACACAAUUUGUUUUAGGUUGGGAUGAUUUAAUUGUUGAUCUUCUUUUUUAGUUCUGAUCAAGAAAAAGAUAAUCUCUUCCUUUUAUGUCAAACAUUCCGGUGUAUAUCUUUAAAUUUAUACAUUUAUGGUCCAAUUUUGACAUGAUAUUUUCUGUAAAUACAAUGAAAAUGUGUCUUAUAAUGGUUUAUCAAAAUAUUGAUAACCGAAAUUAAGAAUAUGCAGCAUUUUUUAAAUUAUAUUAUGUGAUGUCCAAUCAACCAUGACUGUUACAUGAUAUUGUUAUUGUUUUAUCUCUGUUAAUUUGUAUUAUAAGUUGAAUAACAUUUCUCAGUCUGAAUCUGCAUAUAUAUAAAUAUAUAUAUAUUUGAUUUUUAAAUAUGCUUGUUAUGAUAUUUUAUAAACAUUUUAUUGUAUAAAAUAUUCAUUGAUUAAAAAUAUUUAAGCAUU